AUUCAUUCAUUCGUUUUAACUUUUCUCUCUCUCUCUCUAAAUUUAUUUUAUGUCGUUCUGCGGAGAAUCGCCGUCCGACGCCGUGAGCGGCGGCGGAAACGGCUCAAUUGACGGUGGUGACUGUGGUGAAGGUGAGAUUAUGUUGUUUGGGGUGAGAGUACAAGUUGAUCCUAUGAGGAAGAGCGUCAGUAUGAAUAAUCUGUCGGAGUACGAGCCUGUUAGUAAUACUUGUAAUCUGAGCGAGAAGAGCGGUGAUGAGUUGCCGAAGGCGGCGGAUGAUGGUGGUGUAGUUGUUGGAUACGCCUCCGCCGAUGACGCACGCCGCCGGCCGGCCAACGUUGAGCGUAAGCGAGGAGUUCCAUGGACAGAGGAAGAGCAUAAAUUAUUCCUGCUUGGACUGCAAAAGGUUGGUAAAGGUGAUUGGAGAGGAAUCUCGAGAAAUUACGUCAAGACUCGCACGCCGACUCAAGUGGCCAGCCAUGCUCAGAAAUACUUCCUCCGCCGGAGUAAUAUCAACCGCCGCCGCCGCCGUACUAGCCUCUUCGACAUCACCACCGACUCGGUAAAUGCAGUGCCGAUGGAAGAGUCAAGAAACCACCAUCAAAGCGGCCCAUCUCAGCCACUUCCUCAGCCAACCACCUCUAUGCCGCCACCGCCACCGCCACCUGUAACUUCCGGACUGAGAGGAUAUUCAAUUAUGCAUUUCCCUGUGAUUGUUACCCCUGUUCUAGUGCCAAUGCAAGGCGAAAAUCCGAUGACAAACACAGCUUUUGGUCGGAAUAUUCCAAUGAACAAUUCAUCGUCAAUGUUUGUUCAUCAAGUUCCGGUUCUUCAUAUGCCACCUUCAUCGACAAUGAUUGAUCUUAACUUAAAUCAACAGUUGCCAUCUGAGACAUCACCAUUGUCUUUGAGGCUGUCGUUGUCAUCAUCGGGGCAGGUGAUUUCGAGUGUUUCUUGAGGAAGAAAGGUUUGAAAAACAGAAAAAAAAAAACAGAAUAAAACUGAAACCAAAGAUGGUUCAUUUUGAUAAUUAGAAAGUUUUUAUUUUUUUAUUUUUAUUUUUUUUAAUAAGAAAAUAGAAGUGUUUGAUUAAGAAUAGAUAGCACAAGUAGCUUGACUAGAAAUUCCCCAUUUAUGCAUUGUAAAUCAUGUUGUCUCGUCCUUGUUACUAUGCUAAUAUUUAAGAUUCUUUUUGUUUUUCUCUGAUUUUAUUGUUGUUGAAAAUGAAAUAGAGAGCAAUUAAC